AGGGAUUCUUUGGAUAGUGUUCUUUUUCUUAAGAAGAUUGAUAAAUGCUGGCAGAAUCAUUGUAGGCAAAUGAUAAUGAUCAGGAGCAUUUUUUUGUUUCUGGAUAGAACUUAUGUUCUUCAGAAUUCAAUGCUACCGUCCAUUUGGGACAUGGGAUUAGAGUUAUUUAGGGCUCAUAUUAUAAGUGAUCAAAAAGUCCAGACGAAAACAAUUGAUGGCAUCCUUCUCUUGAUUGAGAGAGAGCGAAAUGGUGAAGCAAUUGAUAGAAGUUUACUUCGAAGCCUUUUAAGUAUGCUGUCUGAUUUGCAAAUUUACCAAGACUCUUUUGAACAACGAUUUUUAGAAGAAACUAACCGGCUUUAUGCAGCUGAAGGUCAAAAGUUAAUGCAAGAAAGAGAGGUUCCUGAGUAUCUUCAUCAUGUUAAUAAACGCCUAGAAGAAGAAGCAGACAGACUUAUUACUUACUUAGAUCAGACCACCCAGAAGUCACUAAUUGCUUCUGUUGAAAAACAACUUCUAGGUGAACACUUAACAGCAAUUCUUCAGAAAGGUUUAAAUAACCUCCUUGAUGAAAACAGAAUUCAAGAUUUGUCUCUCCUGUAUCAGCUCUUCAGUAGAGUUCGAGGUGGAGUUCAGGUUCUCUUGCAGCAAUGGAUUGAGUAUAUCAAGGCUUUUGGAAGUACUAUUGUUAUUAAUCCUGAAAAAGACAAAACCAUGGUUCAAGAACUGUUGGACUUCAAAGAUAAAGUUGACCAUAUAAUUGAUACCUGCUUUCUGAAAAAUGAAAAAUUUAUCAAUGCUAUGAAAGAAGCAUUUGAAACAUUCAUCAAUAAAAGACCAAAUAAGCCAGCUGAACUGAUAGCUAAGUAUGUGGACUCAAAACUUCGUGCAGGCAACAAAGAAGCUACAGACGAAGAGCUUGAGAAAAUGUUGGAUAAAAUAAUGAUUAUAUUUAGAUUUAUCUAUGGCAAAGAUGUUUUUGAGGCCUUCUAUAAGAAAGAUUUAGCCAAACGCCUAUUAGUUGGCAAGAGUGCAUCUGUAGAUGCUGAAAAAUCAAUGCUGUCCAAACUGAAACAUGAAUGUGGAGCGGCAUUCACCAGCAAGCUUGAAGGGAUGUUUAAAGACAUGGAGCUUUCUAAAGACAUCAUGAUUCAGUUCAAACAGUAUAUGCAGAACCAAAAUGUUCCUGGCAAUAUUGAAUUAACUGUGAAUAUCCUGACAAUGGGUUACUGGCCAACAUAUGUGCCUAUGGAAGUUCAUUUGCCACCAGAGAUGGUAAAGCUCCAGGAAAUUUUCAAGACAUUUUACUUAGGCAAACACAGUGGCAGGAAACUCCAGUGGCAGUCUACCUUGGGACACUGUGUACUAAAAGCUGAAUUUAAAGAGGGCAAAAAAGAACUUCAGGUCUCUCUUUUUCAAACCCUGGUGCUGCUAAUGUUUAACGAAGGGGAGGAGUUCAGUUUAGAAGAGAUCAAGCAAGCUACUGGGAUAGAGGAUGGAGAAUUAAGAAGAACACUGCAGUCACUUGCCUGUGGCAAAGCUAGAGUCCUGGCUAAAAAUCCAAAGGGCAAAGAUAUUGAAGAUGGUGACAAAUUCAUUUGUAAUGACGAUUUCAAACACAAACUAUUCAGGAUAAAGAUCAAUCAAAUCCAAAUGAAAGAAACGGUUGAAGAACAAGCAAGCACUACAGAAAGAGUAUUUCAAGAUAGACAGUACCAAAUUGAUGCUGCGAUUGUCCGAAUUAUGAAGAUGAGGAAAACACUUAGCCACAAUCUUCUUGUUUCAGAGGUGUACAAUCAGCUAAAAUUUCCAGUAAAGCCUGCCGAUCUAAAGAAGAGAAUAGAAUCCCUAAUUGACCGGGACUACAUGGAAAGAGAUAAAGAAAACCCAAAUCAGUACAACUAUAUUGCAUAGAAUGUUGGCCUUGGAACAUUUGUUGUCUUAUGCCGUAGCCAAUGGAUAAAGUAACUUGUUGAAUCUCAUAAUAUUUGACUUCUUUUAUACUUCCAAUGACCAAAUGAAGCAGUGUAAUGGAAAUAGUUGUGUGGACUUUUCUCAGUGGUUAACAUGCCCAUUUUAAAGAGUAAUACUUAACCUUUAAGAAGAAUGUUGUUGAACUCUUUGCAUGUUAUUUAGUAUGAUGUGCAGAAAACUCUUUAAGAAAGUACCCGAUCUUCAUGAUUCCUUUUGGAACUGGGGAGGAGACCCCUAUGGCCAUUAAACAGGGGAGGGGAAUUCUUAUACAUCAUCAAUGAAGCAAAAGGUUUAUUUGCUUAAAAGUCAUCUAAAGAUACUUAAACUGCAUGCAAACUUUAUUUACUGUACAGAGUUCUGGAUGUAUUUAUGAAUAGAAAAACCACCCUAGACUUGGUUGUUCACCCAUUUUGUGGUUUCCCUUGGAAAGAGAAAUAAGUUGUCAUUGCUGUUGGCAUUCUGUUACACUGAAGGGACUGGUUAAGAAACCUUAUUUGGAAACAGGUUUUUCAAGUAGGGUGACAGUUACUUCCAUAAUACCUUAUAUAUUCACAUCCUAAAGGUUUCCAUUCAUGAAUAUGGGAUGUGUACAUAUGACUUAGCCCCAAAUUUACUGUGCUGAUUAACAGGUACUUAUUAAAAUAGAUAAGAUAGAAAAAUCGCUGAUCAUUUUGUACUAGAAGGACAUAUUAAGAGGGAGAAAUCAGUUCUUUUUAUUAAAAAUGAAUACAGUAUGAAAAUUACAAGAGACAGAAACCAACCUGUUUUGUAAAUUACAGGAGCAAAGAUCACCAGCUACUUCUUGUUAUGCUUCGGUCUUUACAUGUUGUUUGGAUUGUUUUGUCUUUAACUUGGGCCAAUGGUCAAUUGUUAGAGGCUUCCUAGGUUUUGCAUUCCAGUUUUUUUCUACUGAAGGGUUUUUGUUUUGUUUUGUUUUUGAAUUUUGGAAGCAGCUCUUACCUUUGUCGGUAAGCAAAGCUUUUGCUUUCAUCCACCUCCUGACUUGGAGAACCUCUACAUACAGUUCUCCGUUGUAUUCUUUUUCUUUUUAAUUGCUUGAAUUUUAAGAGUUCUCAUAGCCACUGGACACCUGCUUUUCAGGGAAAUGUCCCCAAAUUGUUCACACAGAAUAACAAAAGUAUUGUUCUUCAAAUUCAAAAUGUGAGUAAAAGACUUCUCUUCAUCACAAGAGGGUUUUGCUUUGCUUCCUGGUUUCUUUUCCUGUGAUAGGAAUGGAUUACCAGAGAGAAGCAGAUAGUUGUUAGUGUUUGUAGAACUUCUUCAGUGCUUUGUCCACCAGCAUAUUUCCUUGUCGUUCUGGAGCCAUUACGGGAACUGCUUAGACCUGAACAUUCAGCUUAGGAGACUUGAGGCUUUUAUGUCUACUAUUGAUGGUUUCUUGAAUUCUCAAAGACCUGUGGCCAGCUAUCUGUGUUUUUAAGUUGCCCCUUUUUCUCUAAUGCACCAACUUGCACACUGUAUGACUAUAUAUAAUAUUUAGAAUCAGUGUCCCAAUUCUUUUUGAGCAGCUAUUUCGUAUAUUUUUUUCCAGCUCCUUCCUGAUUUCCUUACAGGAGUUCUUCUGACAAGGAAAUAAAUGUGGCUGUUAUUAUGUU